GCCAACGAGGAGGAACUGCGAGAUCGGCGAGCGGGUCUACUUCUGGCGACCCGAGCAGACGCAGGGGCCGGAGCAGUGCCACCGGCACGGCCCAGCUCUGGUGGCAGCAGUGGAGGCGAAGGUCAACGAGGACAACGCGAUGCGCGCCUCGGCGGUAUGGGUGACGCACGGACGCACGAUCCACCGUUGCACCGCGGAGCAGCUUCGCCCCGAGCUGCCGGGCGAGGCCCGCGAACGAGAAGGGCGCAGCGAGGACCCCGACAGCCCGCUCAGCACGAUCGAGAAGCUCAGGCGCGCGCUCAGGCGGACGAAGGGAACCUGCAACUACCGGGACCUCGCCGAGGUGCCCAUAGAGAUGGACGAGAAUGGCGGCCCGACAGGGGUAGCUGCCGCGGCGGCCCCUGGAGACCCUCAGCCGACAACGGCCGGCGAGGACGAGGGCGACGGACCAGCAGCGCCCAACGCCGGUGCGUCUGGCAGCGCUGCGCAGGAGCCUAGCAGGUUCCACAUCGAGGCGGCGGCUAAGAGGAGCGUCGAGGAGCCCGAGAAGCUGGGCGGCAUCCCGGUGGCCAAGCGCGCCCGCCUGUCGCGGGCGAAGCUCGCCCCGCAGAGCGAGGAGGCUGCGCUCGCCGACGAGGUGGACGACGAGAUGCCGCUGUUGGAGAAAUCCACCGAGAUGGUCUACAUUCUGGUCUUCAAGAGGGAAGCCCCCGCCAUCGUGGAGGGUAGACUGACGCCCGAGGAGAUGGACCAGUUCUACGCGGCGAAGCUGGAGGCCCUCGAGGCUUCCAAUCGCCACGGCGGCUGGGGUCCCAUCAACGAGGCGGAGGUGGAUCCCGGAGCCUGCUGCCCUCUACGCUUCCUACUCAAGUGGAAGAUGAAGGAUGGGCAAAAAGUGGCCAACGCGCGUGUACUCUACCGAGGGUUGUUCAGCGCGGAUGUGAAGUCCAAAUCCCUGCAGGCCGAGGGCGCGAGCGCACGCGGCCUCGAGCUGUGCGCGAGCCCGACGAAGAAGACGAGGGAGAUGCUCUCUCGACAGAUCGGUCUGCGACCUGGGCAUCUGCUCAAUAUGAUGAAGCCGUGCUUUGGUGACCCGCGGUCGCCCAAGCUCCGGCGCUACCGCUCCGACGAAAACGCGCAGGUCGUCGGGUUCAGAAACCGCGAGGUCGAGGAUUGCCUUGUGUUGCCCCUGCGCCCGGCGAGGGUCGACGACGACCCGUUCGACGCGGGUAGCUUCGAGGGCCAGACCUACGCGGUGGACGGCCUGAUCGGCCCGCGCGCGGACGACUUCAUCGGGCGCGGCGAGGGCGCGGCGAACGAAAGGGACAUCCACGCGAAGCUUGACGUCACCGAGUGCUUUCAGGCGCGGCUAGGGGCGCUCAGCGAGAGGUUCAAACUCGGCAAGUGGGAGUUCGGACCGAGUCUGAUCUCCACUGGAAGCGAAGUGGAGCAGCCCCCAAGCACCUACAGCGCGACCCUCAAGUUCGAGAAGUACCUACACGCGGUGAAGCCCAUCACCGCCGAGAAGCAUCGGAGAGCUGACCCCACGAGUGCGCUGUCGCCGCAGGAGCUUGCGAACUUCCGGACCCAGAGUGGACAGUUGCGGUGGCCAGCGGCCCAAGGAGUGACCAUCGCAGAGGAUGAUGUGUCCUUCCGAGCUUCGGCGACGGGUCGAGCCACCGUGCAGGGCCUCUUGGAUGCGAGCUCGGCCAACGCGGACGUGGGACAAUACUUCGGGUUCGUCAGGACCUGGAACAACCUGCGAGUUGGCAGCUAUACCGGACGGCACGCGAUCUUCAUCGGACCCGCGGGCGAGCUCAAAGCUGGCACCCCCGCGCCUUUCGUGGCCAUGGUGUUGGCCAAGAAGUUGCAGCGUCUGUGCAGGAGCUCGCUGUCGGCGGAGGCCCAGGCGGCAGCCUUGGGCGCGGACUC